GAAACAUUGUAGUUCACACCUUGAGAAGGUGUCCUCCCCAUCUGAGGUGAAAUUGGUCUGUGGAAGCUAGGACCUUUAUUUUUAUGAUUUUCUGACUGUAUGGACAAAAAAGAUGGGCGCUUGACCAUGACCUCACCUCCACAUACCCCCACCGCCCGACUGAGGCCGGGGAACCAUUCAAGGAGUCUUCGCCACUGACUGGGGGUUGCGAUGCUGAGGGAGUGUUUGAUCUAGUGGUGCUGGCUCCCCGUGUCAACCGGCAACUGGAAGGAACAGCUAAGGGGGUCCAGUGCCAUCACCUGACCUAACAAGCAAACAUCUUGCAUGGGAAAAAAUACAGCUCCAGGAAGAUGGAGCAUGAGGGAAACAGCUAGCACAAGACCUGCUUUACCUGCCAGUGAUGCCAGCAACCCAUUGGCACAAAGAGCUUUAUUUCAAAUGACAACAGUAACUACUGUGUGCCAUGCUACGAGAAGCAAUUUGCACUCCAGUGUGUGAAAUGCAAGAAGAUGUGGGUGACACCAUGAGUGUGAAAGCUUUUGAGCUGGUUUCCGCCGUGGAGCGGGAGCUGGUGAUUGGCGAAAAGGUGCGAGUUAACAUCGAAUGCAUAGAGUGCUGUGGCAAACACCUGUACCUGGGAACCAAUGACUGCUUCAUCCAUCACUUCCUACUAGAGGAGCACACAACAGUCAAGGGGAAGCUGGCCUACAAUGCCCAGAAGCUCCUGCACAAAUACCUGGGCCUGAAGAAGCCAGUGGUGGAGCUCAAGGCUGCCUCUGCUUUGGAACGUCUCAUUGUCCUCUGUGAUACAACCAUCACUGUUGUGGACAUGGUUACCCUGGAGCCUGUGCCCACCGGGGGCACUAAGCUCAAAGGUGUGACUGCAUUUUGUAUGAACGAGAACCCAGUGACUGGGGACCCGUUCUGUGUGGAAAUGGCUGUGGUGUCGGCACGCAGACGGGCGGUCCAGAUCUGUACAGUCCACCAGGACCGGGUGCAGAUGUUAAAGGAAGUGACCACACCAGAGCAGCCCUGUGCCCUAAGCCUUGAUGGGUACUUUAUCUGCCUGGCCCUGCCCACACAGUACAUGAUCCUGAACUACAGCACAGGAGCCUCCCAGGAACUUUUUCCUUAUGAUUGUGAAGAGAGGAAACCAAUCGUCAAGAGGAUCGGCCGGGAAGAGUUUCUCCUUGCUGCCCCAGGUGGUCUUGGGAUGUUUGCUAACGCGGAGGGGAUAUCUCAGCGUGCCCCGGUGAGCUGGUCAGAGAGCGUGAUUGCGGCGGCUGUGUGUUUCCCUUAUGUGGUUGCGUUGGAUGAAGGCUUUGUGACCGUUCACAGCAUGUUGGACCAGCAGCUGAAACAGACAAUGUCUUUCAGAGAUGGACAACUCCUGCAGGAUUUUGAAGGUAAGGUGGUGUUGGCCUCUACAAAGGCGGUUUAUAUGUUGGUGCCUCUCCCUCUGGAGCGUCAGAUCCAAGACCUCUUGGUAAGCCAUCGAGUCGAAGAGGCACUGACCCUCACAGAAGCUGCACAGAGAAACAUUCCCAAAGAAAAGUAUCUGAAAUUGCACAAACGAAUUCUCCAACAAGCAGGAUUCAUCCAGUUUGGCCAGCUUCAGUUUUUAGAAGCAAAAGAACAUUUUAGGAAGGGACAGCUUGAUGUACGGGAGCUGAUAUCCCUUUAUCCACUGCUCCUACCCGCCUCUUCCUCCUUCACACGAUGCCAUCCACCACUUCACGAAUUUGCUGACCUGAAUCAUCUGACGCAGGGGGACCAGGAGAAAGUACAGUGCUUCAAACGUUUCCUCAUUAGCUACCUACAUGAGGUGCGCAGCAGCGACAGCGCUAAUGGUUUCUGCCAAGAUGUGGACACAGCAUUGCUAAAGCUCUACGCUGAGACCGGCCACGAAAGUCUUUUGGACUUGCUGGUCUCCGAUAACGCCUGCCUCCUAGCAGACAGCGCCCCCUGGCUGGAGAAGAACCACAAGUAUUUUGCCCUUGGCCUUCUAUAUCACUAUAAUAGUCAAGAUUCUGCUGCUAUACAGAUGUGGGUUAAGAUUAUCAACGGGGAACUCCAGGACUCAACAAGACCAGAUCUGUUUGAAUAUGUUGUGGACUUUCUUAGUUUCUGUUCCAAUCUUGAGCUUGUGUGGCAGUAUGCGGACUGGGCAAUACAGAAAGAUCAAAAGAUUGGUGUACAGAUCUUCACCAAAAGGCCCAUCUCUGUGGACAAGAAGGGACAGUUAAACCCAGAUGACGUGAUUACAUAUUUAAAGAAGCACAAUCAAGCCAUUUUGCUCUACCUGGAACACCUGGUAUUAGAGAAAAGAUUGCAGAAAGAGAAUUAUCACACACAUUUGGCUGUGCUGUAUGCAGACAGAGUGCUGGGCCUGAUCUCACAAUCAUCAUCCACUGAGGAGCAACUGUCUGCUGCUCGCCAGAAACUACAACAGUUACUGAAAGAGUCCAGUCUGUACAGAGUCCAAUUACUACUAGGUAAACUUCAGGACUCCGAGCUGCUGCUACUUGAGCAAGCUAUACUACAUGGGAAGGUAGAGGAACAUGACAAGGCCUUGCACAUUCUAGUGCACCAGCUCAAAGACUCUACGGCGGCUGAGGAAUACUGCUCCUGGGCCUCUGCAUGUCAGGACCAGAUCUACCGUCAGAACCUUUUCCAACAACUCUUGAGUGUUUAUCUGGACCCAGAUGUACCUGGAGGGGCACAAACCAUAGCCGCUGUUGACUUGCUUAACCGACAUGCUGACAUUUUUGAUGCAGUGCAGGUGUUAAAGCUCCUCCCAGAGGAGUGGUCCUUGCCGCUACUCCGUCCUUUCCUAUGUGGGGCAGUAAGGGCCAGUGUGCAUGCACGUUGCACUUCACAGGUUGCAGUGGGGCUGGCCCGAGCAGAAAACCUCCAGCUUCAGCAUGAUAGGCUGAAGUAUCGAGGUGGCCCAAUAUUAGUAUCUGAAAAGAAGGGAUGCAAGCUGUGCCACAAUACCUUUAGCGAGCCAGACUGUGCCUGCCUGCCCGGCGGAACACCGGUCCAUAUUCACUGUAUCGCAAAGAAAGCCCUGGACUUGCCAGUAGAGUGGCAACAGGAAAACGCCAACCAUAGCAACCACAUAUGAAGCUGAUCAGUACUGUGGGACAGUCAACAGAUGCUGGUUUUGCACCUGUACUGCGCACGCAUGGAGAGGGCUGAGUACACCUGUUCAGAACCCAUGCAAGAGCAUUCGGAGUGACCAGAACCCUGCUAUACAAAUCUAUUUCUCUGUGUGAGAGUCAGUCAGUGAAUGAGUGUGCAAGUGUUUGAGAAACCUAUUUAUUCUAUUGUCCUUCUGUGUGUACACGCAACACUGACAGUGAAUAUAAGUGUUUGAACAUUUUAAUGAACAUCAAACAAAAAGUUAAACAUCCCAAAAUUUGACAUUGUCUCCUGGUUGAUCUUUUUAGCAUUGCCUUAUGAUGACUGGUUCAGUGGCUCUGCUGUUUUUUGUUUUGUUAGUUUUUUUUUAAAUGCAAAUAAAUGUAUUGUAAAUGUUUUAUAACUCAAAAUCAGUAAACACUUAUUGCAGCCUUUAGCAGCUGAAGUGUUAUCCAUGGUAACAAUUUAACUGUUGUUUACAAAAGGUUAGCAUGUUUGAGGUAAAAUUACUUACUUCUAUUUCAGUCUCUUAACCAUCUCUUCCCAAAAAGCAGAAUUGUCAAAAAUGUGUGUAUAAUAUGUGUCAAUGGUUUUCAUCAAACAAACACCAAAGUUAAAUUCUCUGUGGUCAGAGAGUGACAAGUUAAAGCCUUACAUAAUUACUUGCAUCCUCUGUCAUGGUCCAUUUAUGGAAGAAAUGCUAAUUUAAUUAUGAAUACGAUUGUCUUCAUCAUAGCUGGGUUAAACCAUUUAGUUGCAGACAUUUGGAGAACUUCCAUUGUAAACAUUAGACAGAAAAUGUAAGCCAUUUUAUCACACUUUACACUCAUUUCCACAGAUUUGUGUUUUUAAAGAAAAGAGACAAGUUGAAAUCAAUUUAGUAGUAAUCAACAUAAUGCAACAAAUGCUGUCAAUUUAGCUUAACUUGUAUUGAUCCCAGAAUAUUCCAUUGGUAAUCAACUUUAUGCCACAAAUGCUUUCGAUUUAGCUUAACUUGUAUUGAACUUGGAAUAUUCCUUUAAGUAAUAUUCUUUGUAUUUUAAAGAAUAUAUUAACCAUGUCAUUAAUCAUUUCAAACCAAUCAAUAGACUCAGGCUGUGCUGUUUGUACACAUGUUAUAACAAAAAAGCUAAAAUUGCUUAUUAAAUCAAAACCAUUUUGUUUCUCAUAUGCAUGUGGUGAUGUGGGCAUGGAUCCUUGUGUCUUAAGAAUGCCUAAUCUGUGAAUUGUAUUAAUUAAAGUUUUUUAACAGAUGUUACAUUGUAUGAUGUUAGGAAAGCAAGGCAGCAAUUACAGAAGAUCUUUCCUGAGAAUAAUCUGUAAACUCGUACUUGAAUUAAGUAUUUUAGAAUUUCAACAGGUGUCUUAUGUCUAUAAAAUUGGAAGAGUUAGAUUUUUGAAAGGCUGAAAAAAAAAAGCACAAUAAGCACUGCCUACAAAAUCAAUCCUAAAGUGACCUCGGCAACGUCUGGCCAGGGAGCCAUAGGAUAAGAACAGCCUACAACUAGACAGAGACAAGUUUUCCAAUGAUGGCCUAACUAAUGGUCAUUAGUCACAAGGAUGAUGAAAUUAUUUCACAGUUAAAAACACAAAUAAGUAUAACACUUUGGGUAUUGUGCAUAAUACUCUGGUGUAUAGGUUCUUUAAAAGUGUGCAGCAUGCACAUGUUAAUAUGGCAACUUAAUCUUGAAAUGUCGGUAUAGUAAAUUGUACUUGCUCUAUGAGGUCUUUGCUUUGAUUUUUGCUUAUGUUAGGCAAACUGUUUCUUCCAUAAGUUUCAUCAUUCUGUACAUGCAAACAAAUCUGUCCUCCCCCUUAAUUGUCUAAAGAGAGACUCUUCAUUUUUCAGCUUGAGCAAUUGUAAAGCCAAAUCCUCUUCAUUGCUACAUCUCUUUAUAUCCACUGAAGUAUUUUAUACAUAUAUACACAGAUAUUGGUGUGUACAUACUGUAUUAAUAACUUUGUUGCUUUGUAAAUCAAUGCCAUUGUGGGUGGAAUGUACAGAAUGUAAAGACGUCCAUUUUAAUAAACAAGACUAUGCUUAAAUAAAAGUACAAUUUAUUAGGGAUGCACCUAUAAAAAUGUGUGUGCUAACACUUAUUACUGGAAUUUAGAACAACAUCUGCCAAUACUGAUAGUUUUAUGUUUCUGCUACCUUUUGUAAAAUUACGGAAAAUGUAUUACAUCUUAU